CGAGCACUAAGUACACCUCGAUAAUGCCCCGCUAUUCCAUCGCAUUAUUUUCUGUCGCUACUGUAUUCGUUGUGUCUAUCGCCAGCGCAGUCACGGCGGUCGACUUGUCCGCUGUCGUUAGCGUGAAGCGAAAUGGUAUCAUUUGCAAGAGGUUGUUAAGAACGCAUGAAGCAGAGAAUGAGAACGAUGAGAGAGCCGGCUUUGGGGGUCUAAUUCAGGAAGGAACAUCAAAGGUCAAAGAUUUUAUCACGACUAAGAAGUACAAGUCCUUGGUGAACAGGUUGCAGCUCGGUGAUGACUUCCUUGAUAGUGUGAAGAGCCCACAGCUGGAGAGACUGAACAAGCUCGUCACUAAGUUCAACCGUAACAAAGACCAAGAAAACCAACUUUCGUUGAUCGGACCUCUUUCAGCUAAAUAUGGAGACGACACUGUCGCUACGAUGCUCGUCGAUCUAAAGAAAAACCCAGAACUAGCCAAGCUGGCGAAGCAAUUGCAGGACCAGCAACUGACAGAUUGGCUAAAGAACGGCAAAUCUGGGGGCGAUAUUUUCAGUCUGCUGAAGCUGAAGGACGACGGCAAUAUCGGUAGUCAAAAGCUCCAGGUUUUGGAAGACUACCUUACCAUAGUCAACACUAAGAAAUCCACAGACGAAACACUGCUGAACGUCUUGACAAAAGGCUUUGGUGGAGAGAGCAACUUGGUGCCACUACUAGCGAAAGCAGGUAUUGAUCCGUUGAUGGUUGACAAGUCGAAAAAGCUAGAGGCUGCUCUGUUGACCAAAUGGCGAGACGAUAACGUGCCUCGACUGACGGUUUGGUAUGUAUCUCAAAACCAUCCAGACCACGAGAUAUCAGAGAUCAAGAAAAUCACUGCGAAAUAUGGAGAAUUUGCGGUGGCAAAAGCACUCGCCUCUGCGAAGGACGACCAGCUCAUGAAGGAUUUGGCAAUGAAGUUGCAAUCGCUGCAGCUAGAAAUUUGGCUGGCGAAUAGAAAAUCUGCUGCCAAUGUGUUCACUUUGUUACAGAUCAAACACGAUGGCGGAUCCAUGAAAACCUGGAAAAUGGAGACCCUACGUGAAUACAUCCAGCUAUUCAACUCGAAAACCCCCCAAGACAAGACAAAAAUGUUUGAUGUGUUAAGAAAUGGCUUCGGUGACGGUGACGGUGCUCUUGCACGCGUGGUUACUAAGGCACUAACGUUGGCAGAUUCACCCCAGAUGGCUGCCCAAUACCAAUCGGCAUUGUUUAGGCGAUGGGUGCGAAGUGAGAUAGAACCGAGAAGCAUUUACGCGAGGUUUCUUAACGUUGACGAGGCGUCUGCAAAUUUCUUGGAAAGGUCGAUUGUAGCGCAAUACAAAGCGUAUUACGACGACGUGAAGAAUCCUCCCCAAGCUGUAACAUUCCAUGACCCUAGACGCUCUUAA